GAAAGAACCAUAUACACAUCCGCUUCCGCCCUGCGCCAUUUUGAUGAAACAGCGAGUGGAAGGUCUUUCACCGAAGAUUAUUUUAUGGAGUAAUUUGAAGAUUUAUCCGACUCGGCUACUUUAUGUCUUACCUAGAGGAAAGUUACCGUCGAAAGAAGAUGAAACUCCAUGUUUCGACCCCUGACUUGGAUUUAACGGAACGGUACGACGGCGACACCUGUUAGCAUUCUUAGCUUAGCUGUUGGUCUGUAGCGUAGCGAGUCAGCAUUGACUCUAGCAUACUUAGUCUUAGUCGUAUAGUCGCAUGUACGACGCAUAAGCUUGACCGUGACAACACCCGUGGACUUUAAGACUUUCAAGUUUUUGGACAUUUAUCGUUUUUUUCUUCAUUUAUUUGAAAUACAAUUUACCUGCGUGUUGUGGUGGGGUAACCCGGCCUGUGCUGCCAGCUUCAAGUGCGGCUUUCAGUGCGAAGGCCUGGUUGUUUCUCCAAGGACAUUUCACUUUGGACAUUACCUAAUUUAAGGCCCGAUAAAAAUAUUGCUUGGUUGCCACUUGGACUUUCGUGAAUUCGGUGGUACUCGUCGAGUUUACUUGGACUUUGAAGAACUUGCGAGGCUCGGGGUGCCGCUGCAUGGCACCCAGGUCUCAAACCCCGGCGUUUUUUGUUUUUUUUUUGGCAAUAACAAAGACUCUCGUCAUCUGCAACCCAAACACAGCUUCCUCAUAUUAAUUUCCUUUUCCCUAGUACUUCAACACGUAUAAAUAUGUUAUAUUAAAAACUUUGGCCUAAUGUGUUAAGAGUAGGCGUUGUUUAAUUUUGUUAUACCAAAUCUGUGGUUUUGUUUUCUAUUUCCAUCUUGUGUUUGGUUGAGUACAUAGGCCUGUGAAAAUGUCGUGUGUUCACUACAAGUUUUCUUCCAAACUGGACUACAACACAGUUACUUUCGAUGGGCUGCAUAUCACCCUCAACGAGCUUAAAAAACAGAUUAUGGCCCGGGAGCGCCUCAAGGCCACAGACUGCGACCUGCAGAUCACCAACGCGCAGACUCGAGAAGAAUAUACUGAUGAUGAAGCCCACAUCCCGAAACACUCGUCAGUGAUUGUCCGUCGCACUCCGCUUGGUGGAGUCAAACCUGCUGGCAGGACGUUCAUUGUAGAUCGUUCUGACACAGCUGUGGUUGGAUCUUCGAGACCCGUAUGUAAAACAAACCCAGUACAACACUCUGUCCUCCUCACCUCACACACUCUACCCCUCUCUCUGAUUAUAUCCACCUUUCUCAAAAACAUUCUGUUGACAGAAAUCGAGCUGUGUGUAUUUUCUGUUCAUUGUUUGUUGGUUACAUUUGUGUUGUGACUGAUUUUCUACAUGUCUGAAGAUGUUUUGAGGGGUCCUGAAGUCACAGUUUAAUUAGAUUGUUGUUUUUUAAGUGAUUUUAUGACUCAAUAAACAAAUAAAGCUGUGGCGAAAUGGUACAUGAAACAACAAAUCAGGUAACAUUGUUAUGAAGGGUAUGAAUUAAUCAAAUGUUGAACUGUUGGCACUUUUUGAAAAAUGAGUUAAAUAUAACUGUUAAUCAUUGUUUCA